GGCGCACGCGCGCGUGCCUGCGUGCGCGCGCGGGCCGCGGCAGCUCGGAACCUCCACCGGGCUGGCGGGCGGGGAGGGGGAGGGGCAGGUUCUGUUUCCCAUCAUGGCUAUCACACAGUUCCGGUUGUUUAAAGUUUGUACCUGCCUAGCCACAGUACUCUCAUUCAUUAAGAGGUUAAUAUGCAGGUCUGGCAGAGGACGGAAAUUAAGUGGAGAUCAAAUAACUUUGCCAACCACAGUGGAUUAUUCACCAGUUCCUAAGCAGUCAGAAGUUGAAGACUGGAGCUCUUGGGAUGAAGAUGCACCCACAAGUAUAAAGAUUGAAGGAGGCAAUGGAAAUGGGACAGCACAACAAAAUACAUUGGAACAAUUAGAACCUGACUAUUUUAAAGAUAUGGCACCAACUAUAAGGAAAACACAAAAAAUUAUUAUUAAGAAGAAAGAACCACUAAAUUUUGGCAUUCCAGAUGGUACCACAGGUUUCUCUAGUAGAUUAGCAGCUACACAAGAUAUUCCUUUCAUUCACCAAUCUCCUGAAUUGGGUGACUUGGAUACUUGGCAGGAGAAUACAAAUGCAUGGGAAGAAGAAGAAGAUGCAGCCUGGCAGGCAGAGGAAGUCCUGAGACAGCAGAAAAUAGCCGACAGAGAAAAGAGAGCAGCAGAACAACAAAGGAAGAAAAUGGAAAAGGAAGCACAACGAUUAAUGAAGAAAGAACAGAAUAAAAUUGGUGUGAAACUGUCAUAACAUAUGUUUGAUAUUUCCAUUUGAAGGAUUUUGAGUUCCACAAUAUGAGGAUCAUUUGUUAUGGGGUUAAGAGUAUUUUUAGAAUACAAAGAAGCUGCUUGAUUUUGAUGCGUGUUCGUCAGGCCAUCCAGGAUACGAGGAUUCUCCUGUUGCUACUUGAACUGCUAGUAGAUGGGACUUAAACAAAAUGAAAAGACUUAAGAGACAAUAUUUUUCUUCAGUAUCUUCCAAACAUGAAAGAAAAUUGAUCGCUGCAGAGAAAUUAAUUACAGAUGAGAAAUAAUAAUAACUCUUCAGGUUUGUAUUUCUAACUUGGAAAAAAUUGGGUGUAAAUAAUUUUCUGGUGGGAAAACCUACUCUGCCAUCUAUUAUGAUUUCUUUCAAUAUGUAAAAAAAAUGAAAUAAAACAAUUUUAAAGAA